AUGUGGAACUCCCCUAAGGUCGGAAUUCUCGGCGGUGGCCAGUUGGGCCGCAUGCUUGUCGAGGCUGCCAACCGAUUGAACAUUCAGGCCAAUGUCCUGGACGCCGAAAACUCCCCGGCUAAGCAGAUUAGCUUCCACGAUGGUCAUGUUACUGGUUCAUUCAAGGAGCGCGAGGCUGUUCGUCAAUUGGCCAAGUCGUGCGAUGUUAUUACCGCCGAGAUUGAGCACGUCGACACCUAUGCCCUCGAGGAGAUCGCGUCUGAGGUUCGCGUCGAGCCUAGCUGGCAGGCUAUUCGGACUAUCCAGAACAAAUUCAACCAGAAGGAACACCUGCGCAAAUACGGAAUCCCCAUGGCUGACCACCGGGAACUGGUUCAGAACACACCGGAGGAAUUGGCGAAGAUUGGAGAGCAGUUGGGCUACCCGCUCAUGCUGAAGUCCAAGACCAUGGCUUAUGACGGACGGGGUAACUUCCGUGUGAACUCCAAAGACGAUAUCCCAGAGGCCCUCGAGGCCCUGAAGGACCGCCCAUUGUAUGCGGAGAAGUGGGCCUACUUCAAGAUGGAAUUGGCUGUCAUGGCUAUCAAGACCAAGGACGGCGUCCUCUCAUACCCUACCGUCGAGACCGUGCAGGAGGACUCAAUAUGCAAGCUGGUGUACGCCCCAGCCCGAAACGUAUCCGAGAAGAUCAACGAGGAAGCCCAGGCUCUUGCCCGCAAGGCCGUCGCCGCUUUCGAGGGCAAGGGAGCGUUCGGUGUAGAGAUGUUCCUUCUGGAGGACAACAGCUUGAUGCUGUGUGAAAUCGCCAGCCGAAUCCACAACUCAGGCCACUACACCAUUGAGGGAUGCGGCAUGUCCCAAUUCGAGAGUCACAUCCGUGCUAUCAUGGACCUUCCCAUCCCCGCCAAGAGCCUCGAGAUCCGUCAGCCUUCUAUCAUGCUGAACAUCAUUGGUGGCUCCGCUACGGAUACCCACCUCAAGGCUGCUGAGGCUGCGCUCUCAAUCCCCAACGCUAGCAUCCACCUGUACAGCAAGGGCGAUGCUAAGCCUGGUCGUAAGAUGGGUCAUGUUACUGUUACCGCUGCUACUAUGCACGAGGCUGAGACCAUUAUCCAGCCCUUGGUUAAGGUCGUUGAUGAUAUCCGUGCCCAGCGCAGCGAUAUCAAGACUAAGGCUGCCCCUUCCGAUCCUAGCAAGCCUGCUCCCCAGGUCGCUGUUGUCAUGGGCUCUGACAGUGAUCUCAAGACUCUGGUUCCGGGUCUUAAGCUGCUGGAGAACUACUUUGGUAUUGAGCCCGCUGUGGAGAUCACCUCUGCUCACCGUACCCCGAACUACAUGGCUGAGUACUCUGCUGAGGCUGCUUCCCGCGGUAUCAAGGUGAUCAUCGCUGCCGCUGGUGGUGCUGCUCACCUGCCCGGUAUGGCUGCUGCUCACACUGCUCUCCCUGUUAUCGGUGUACCGGUUAAGGGUAGCGUCCUUGAUGGUGUUGACAGCUUGUACAGUAUUGUUCAGAUGCCUCGUGGUGUCCCUGUCGCCACUGUCGGUAUCAACAACAGUAUCAACGCCGCUCUCCUCGCUGCCCGUAUCAUCGGUGCCUUUGACCCCGCCGUUCAGCGUAAGGUGGAAGCCUACGCUGAGGAGGCUCGUGCAGAGAACAUGGAGAAGAAGGGUACCAAGUUGCAAGAACUUGGCUGGGAGAAGUACUUUGCGCAGAUGUAA